GAGGACGCUGUCGAGGAUCUGCUGAACUACGCGUCGGGCGAGUUCGGCAACCUGUUAUCAGGCUCUCCGCUGCUUCUGGGCGACCUCGAGGCAGAGCCCGAAGCGCCCUUCGACGAGCCCAGUGUCGACGCGGAGGACGUCGACCCGUGCGAGGACGAGCCUGACAGUCAGCCUAUGCCCUUCCAGCGAUGGAACAGGGUCUACUACCGCCCGAGGGCGGAUUCCAACCAGGGCCUCACGAUGCUCCUGGUCAGCAGGUUCAGCGCCACAGCGGGCGAGAAGAGGUGGGUCUGCAUCGACCCGACGGGCAGGCUUCAGGUCAUAGACCUCGGCCAGCCGGCGAAGGUGAAGUCGACGAAGUUUGCAGGCGUGAACCACGGCACUUUCCAGGGCCUCUCCGCGGCGGAGAAGGACAAGACCAUCGAGGCAGCCGAUCGCACCAUCGCGACGGGGUCAGCAGCUACGACGGGGAAGAUCACCAGGGAUCACCAUCCACGAGGCGGAGGUGCUGCAGGUCGCAGAUCCCACCGCCGCCACGCGGUUUCGUGGCUCAUGAAGCUUGCCUCCAACAUCGGCGGCUACGUGUGGGCGCGCCGGAGCUUAGGCACAGCUGCUGGCUCUACGUUCGUGCUCUGGCGUGCCGUCGUCUACCUCAACGUGGUGGAGUGGGCGAAGUGGGGCUACGCGUCGCUGAAGGAGACCGUGGACACAGUGGAGCACUUCAAAGAGGAGAUCGAGAUGGUGUUCGAGAUGCACGAGACAGGGGCCCUCGAGCCGCUCUACUUCUCGGUGAUGGUGAUGCUCGUGAGCGGCUUCUUCAUGUCUUGCUGCAGCGCGGACAACUACGACCAGAUGAUGGGUGCCCUCCUUCAAAGGCUGGACCGCCACAAGGAGAUGGUGGAGCAGGACAGCAUGGCCGCUGCUGCCAGCGGGUCCGAGCCGCGGGUAGUCAGCUCAACGCCUAACCCCGAGAUCGACUCGUUGGUCAGGGGCCUGGGCGGCUCCUUCAAGGACAUGCGCGAGCUCGCCAAGGAGAAGCUCCAGUCCUACUCCAGCGACGUGGCGUGGACGAUCCCAGGAGGCAUCAAGACGAGAGUGGCCCCGUCGAUGGUCGUUCGCCUUUACCGCAGUGGAGCUUCAGCGGCGUCAAGCGCCAGGGAGAUGAUUCGCGCGAAGCAGCUGGAUGGCAACCACAUGGCGGAGGAGGCUCUUCUCAUCAGCAUGAUGCUCGAUCGUUCCAUGGUGGAGGCGCCUGCGGACUGGAUCAACUACAAGACGACGGAGCUGGCGACGCGGCGCCUCCACGGCAUCGAGAGGGCCUUCGAGAACGCGCAGCAGAGGUCGGACUGGAAGCCUCCCAACGGCUCAAAGGCCGGCUGGAAGUCUCGCGUCAACUACGCCCUGCUGGAGGAGCUCGACACGUCCAAGUCGGAUCAGGAGGGGCUGCUCGUCGACGGCGUGGAAAGGGAGCUUCGCGAACGCUUGGCUCAUCGCGCCCUUCUCGCCAAAUCCCUCGACAAGCUACAGGACAAGAAGCACGCGCCGAGCAAGGAGCGAGCGAUCAGGGUCAGGACGAACGCCGCUCUGAGGUCCUUAGCCGCGCUGACGACGAACUCCUACCACGACCUGCGGGACUCCAGCUUCGGAUCCUCCAAGGAGUGGGACAUGAGCCACGAGUUGCCGCGCAGGAUCUCCGAGAGGAUGCUGCAGUGCCACCGGGGCGCGCACGAUCAGAAGAUGCACGACUCCGACGCCGAGUCCGCUUUCGAGCGGCUGGCCAUGCAUGCCAAGCCUGGGACCUACUUGGGCUUCAAUGUAUCCGGGACGCAGCCAUGCGACGUGAGAAUGACUUCACCAAAAGCGAGAUACCACUUCGACAGAUUCUACGAGAGGAUGCGCCUGCCGCCCAGCCAGGUCGACCAGGCCGAUAUCGAGAAGACGAGAGCCUACAUGGACCCCAGCUUGAGGAACAAAUCGGCUCGCCUCCAGUUCGCGCUGAGACUAUGGGAGUCAGGCAUGCUCGGCUUCACGGACAUCUGCAAGGCGGAGAUCUCGGUCUUCUUCGUCAUGAAGAAGGUCGGCGAGGCAGGCCAGCUCAUCCUUCGUCCAGUCUGGGACCUGAAGCAGGUGAACAAGCGCUUUCAGAAGCCACCGCACCUCUCUCUGGGCUCUCCGAUGGCGAUGGCGGAACUGGACCUAUCCGACGAGAUCACAGAGGGCAGGAUCUUGCAGUCAACGUGGGGAGACGUGCCAUAUUACUUUCGCAGAUGCAAGAGCUGCAGCGAGCUGUGGCCGUACAUGGUGUUCGGCGGCGUGACGAUCCCCCAGCUCUUGAAGGGGCUCAAGCGCCAGGGCAAGGACCUUCUGCGCGAUCUACCCGGCUUCCCGCGGGCAGCCCAGCUGGUCCACGGGCGGGUUCCUCCCAGCUUCUCCGAGACGGCCUUCAUCUACUGGGUGUUCAUGGACGACUUCGCCUCGAUGACUUCACAGCGGGACGAGAAGAGCGAGGUGGCGGAAGCAGUUCGCGAACACGCUGGGAAGAAGCUCAAGGAGGUGGGCCUCGACAUGCACAAGGACGGAAUCGGUGUGGCGAUGCCUCUCUCUCUGGGCGUGACGAUUACUCAACGCCCUUAUCGCUUGAUGGCAGCGCAGGAAAAAGUCAAGAAUGUCAUUGGUGCGACCAAGGCUCUCCUGGAUCGAGGUCGAGCGACUUCAACCGAGCUAUCAAGGAUAAGUGGGUCGUGGAUGUGGGUGGCGAUGUGCUGUCGGGCCGCCUUCUGCAUGCUGGGCGCCUGCUACAAGUUCGUGACAAAGUACGGCGACAACGAGCAGGUUCACAUCCUGUGGGAGAGCGCGACCAACGAGAUGUACAUGCUGUACCACCUGGCCCCGCUGAUGUACACCCACUUGGAGUCGCAGUGGAGCUCCAGC